AUGCCCCUCCCCCAAUUUCUCAAGCAUCGCCACGCAUCCGCGCCCCUCCUCAUCCUAAGCACAACGCUAAAAACCUUCUUCUUCACUCACCUCUUCCUAACACACAUCUAUACGCUCAAGGCCACGCGCGGGCCUUCCAUGCUACCCACCCUCGAAGUAUUCGGCGACAGCGUGUUGAUAUCGCGGUAUUUUCGGCGGGGCCGCGAUGUGAAGGUCGGGGACGUGGUGUCGUUUGAUAGCGUGGUGGUGGCUGGGGAGGAGGUGAUCAAGAGGGUGGUAGGGAUGCAGGGGGAUUUUGUCGUUUUGCAGGAUGAGGCGGGGAGGGGGGAGAAGAUGCUCCAGGUGCCUGAAGGUCACUGUUGGGUUGUGGGGGAUAACUUGUCGGCUUCGAGGGAUUCGAGGCAUUUUGGACCCAUGCCGAUGGCAGUUAUUAAAGGGAAGGUUGUUGCUAAGGUGUUUCCUUGGAGUGAGAGGAGGUGGAUGGCUGAUGGGUUGAGGCUGGUGGAGACGUAUUAG